AUGCCAAAAACUAAAAUGCCUAGGCGAGCACAACCAAAAAAAGAUGGUCCUGAAUCAGGAGAGGAUUCGGACGAGUACAGAAAACGAAGAGAUCGAAAUAAUCUGGCUGUAAAACGCAGUAGGGUAAAAUCGAAGCAAAAAACGCAAGAGACAUUAAAUAGGGUAACAGAACUCAGAAAUGAGAACACUGUACUAGAAGAAAAAGUAAAGACUCUGACUAAGGAACUAGGCUUUCUCAAAGAAUUGUUUCUUGCACAUGCAUCAAACAGUGCCGAUAAAAAUAAAUUUGAAGGUGUAGAUUUAAACAAACUCCUGCAGGAACCAGCAGAUGAAUCUACAUCUUCGGGAAAUAAUACUUAGUAGGGUGAUACUUUAUAUGUAAAAAAAUGUAAGAUAUAGCUGUAUUUCUGUAUACUCAUUAUGCUUUGUAUAUAGCAAAGUUUAAACUUUAAACUGUCUUUAUUACAAUUAUUUUCGAAAAAUUUUAAAUAAACACUACUUCUUAAUUCACAAGCUUUUGCAAAUUAGAGUAUAAAAAGAACUAUUAAUACUGCCAGUGCAAUGAAUGUCAUUGUAGCAUUGUAGAUUACUUUUCUGUAAAGUAAGUUAAUAGGUUACAUGGCAGUGACUUAGUAGUCAAACAUCUUACCUUUUGAGAUAAUAAUUAUCAAUAGCAAUUUUGUAUAUUUAUCUUCUAUUUUUUCUUUUCUCAUAUCUAGAACUUUACUGAAUUAUGUACAUAUGAUAAAUUAAUAUAUUUACUCGAAAGCACUGUUGUUAAAUUUUAUUAAAUUACUUUUUGUUUUAUUUACUGCUAGUUUCAUAUGAAUUGUAUAAAAAGUAAUUUAAAACUGUGAAUUAAGAAAUUAUUUAAGCGUUUUUAAAACUAUUUGUCAAACAAAUAGUACUUUUUAUAUAUUAUAGUAGUUAUAGAGAUUGGUAAAAAUGUAUUAUAUAACACUAGUGUAACCAACACAGAAAUCAAUAUAGCUCAUACGUAAUAACUCACAAAAAAUUAUACUGAUAUAAUAAUUUGAACUUUUAUGGCUGUUAUAUUUAGUCUUAGUAAUUUUUAGAUAAUGUAGCCUUUUGUAAUUUGAUCGUUUGAAAAGCAUGUUAAUUUUUAUUCAUCAAAUCCUGUUUGUCAAAACAUAGGUUAACCUGUCAACUGGCUAAAUAACAGAUUCACCUUUGUUGCCACAUUGUCUCACGUUUUCCUUGUAUGUACAUAAAUAACUCAAAUUAAUAAUACAUAUGAUUUAUUAAAUAGAAAUUUUUAACUUUUAACUUAAUCGAAAAAUUUUAGUAAAACUAGGAAUGAAACAUUUGUUAUAAUUUUUGUUUCCAAAAUUGACAUUUUUUGACAUUUCUAAGUGAUUUAAAACUGGCAGAAUUUGGAGCUAUUUGUGGUGUUUGUAUUGAUUGUAAAGUAAACAGUAAGAUAAUUGUUUUGGGAGCAAGAGGAGUCUUAGAAAUACUAUAUAAUGCAAUAUAAUGUUGAUUUAAUGUUCUCAAUUAUAAUGAAUCAAUCAAGCUAUAUCGCAAUCAUCGAGCAAAAAGAUAAAAGAGGGAAUGUAAAGGUAGUGGGGACAAAAAUAUUGUUAGACAGGAAGUGCUAUCUUGAGAGGCCACUUUAAACAAGGAUAGACAGUCUCUUUUCUUGUUUAAGAAGUCAAAUUAAGUUUGGUUAUGUUAUUGUUUGUCCCAACUGUCACAUGAAAUUUUAUUUUAUAUUGAAGUUUUUUACCAAUUGUGUCACUUU